AUUCUAACUUUAGAAACAACCUGUCCAAGUAUGUAUCAUCGCAUUAAUCUCGUACUCGAAAUCUGAUCUGAAAUUAGCUAUUGCGAACUUAAACGUGGAACCACUUCUAAUGACGAUGCUGCUUUAAUAGAAUUUAAUGUAACAACUGUGCUAUAUUUGUUGCCAUAGAAUAUUGAUGAGAGAAUCAAGCAUGCAUUCUAUACGAUUACUGUCAGGAUAUGAUAUGCCUACAGUGGGAUUGGGAACAUGGCAGGCUAAACCAGAAGAAAUCGAAACCGUUGUGAGCACUGCUUUAGAAUGUGGUUACAGGCAUAUUGAUACAGCAGCGAAUUAUAAUAAUGAAAGUGCGAUCGGUAGGGCUUUAAAAAGAUGGUUUGAGAAAGGUGGCAUUAGAGAAGAACUUUUUAUCACAACGAAGUUACCUCACUUUGGCAAUCGACCAUCCGAUGUAGAAAAGUUCAUUAAAUUGUCGUUGGAGAAGCUUGGAUUGGAUUACUUAGACAUGUAUCUCGUUCAUAUGCCCUUUGCAUUUAAAUUAGAUGAAAAUACGUCUGUUGCAGCGACGGAUGAAAAUGGAAGUUACAUACUCGAUUUUAAUACAGAUCCUGUCUCAGUAUGGAAGGAAAUGGAGGAACAAGUUAGAGCAGGGCGUACUAGAUCUAUAGGUUUAAGCAACUUUAACGAAGAACAAAUUUCGACCAUUUGGGAAAAUGCACAAAUUAAGCCAAGCAAUCUGCAGGUGGAAUUACAUGCAUAUAUGCAACAGAAACCGAUUAGAGAAUUGUGUAAGAAGUACAAUAUUGUUGUUACGGGUUACAGUCCAUUAGGCUCUCCAGCUGCAAAGACGCAUUUCCAAACGAAAUACAACUACACUUCAGAAGCAUUUCCCGACUUGCUAAACCAUCCGGUUAUUCAAAAAAUUGCCGCGGAACAUAAAAAGACAACAGCACAGAUCUUAUUACGUCAUUUACUACAACUCGAUGUCGUCAUCAUCCCUAAGAGCACGUCUCCAGAAAGGAUCAAGUCAAAUAUCGAUUUAUUCGAUUUUGCCUUGACGGAAGAAGAUAUGAACAUCUUGAGUACCUUGGAUAAAGGUGCCAAUGGAAGAAUUUUUAAUUUCUUAUUUUUUAAAGGAGUUCAAGAUCAUCCGCAUUAUCCAUUUAAAAAUGAACUAUCAUAAUCGUAAAUUAACACGCAAGUUAUUAGUUUGUAUCAAAAUAGUUGAAAAAGAAUUACAUUACAUACCAAAUGAGCACAACAAUACGUCAUACGUAUUACGUAAUGAUAUAUGGAGAAUGUUUUUGUUACUCUUCAAUGCAGCCUAUACAACAUUUUGCGUUGCAAACGAUGCUGAAGUUCACCACGACGUAUCAUUAUACUUGAUGUCCGAUAGGAAAUCUGUUUUUCAAUUGCUUUUCGAUGCGGGAGAGCAUUUCAUGAUCCUCUUCCGAGGUAAAUCCUUCUGCUCCUAAUAAUAAAUUAUAAUACACAUAUUA